AUGCCCAGAAGCCAGUUCAGAAUGACCGAAGAAGCAUGCCGGACACGGAGUCAGAAACGAGCGCUUGAACAGGAUCCAGCGGAGGAGGAUGUGGAGAACAAGAAAAUAAAAAUGGAGAGAGGAUUGUUGGCUUCAGAUUUAAACACUGAUGGAGACAUGAGGGUGACACCCGAGCCAGGAGGCCCAGCCCCAGGAUUGCUGAGCGGGGCUGAGUCGACAGCCAUGGGCAGAGGCGAAGAGCAGACAAGUGAUGGGCCUGUGGACAUGCGUACCUCGCAGAGUGACAUAAAGCCCGAGAAGAGAGCCCCCUCGCCUGAUGUGAUUGUGCUCUCCGACAAUGAGCAGCCUGUGAGCCCGAGGGUGAAUGGUCUUCCGAAAGAGACCUUGCAGGAGACCAGCACUGAGGACCUAAUGAAAAGCAGUCCUGAAGAACGAGAAAGGAUGAUUAAGCAGCUGAAAGAAGAGUUACGGUUAGAAGAAGCAAAACUCGUUUUAUUGAAAAAGUUGCGGCAGAGUCAAAUACAAAAGGAAACCACCACCCAGAAGCCCACAGGCUCCACUGGGAGCGCCGUGACCACCCCUCCCCCGCUUGUGCGGGGCACCCAGAACAUUCCUUCCGGGAAGCCAUCACUUCAGACCUCUUCGACUCGAAUGCCUGGUAGUGUCAUCCCACCGCCCCUGGUCCGUGGUGGGCAGCAGAUGUCCUCAAAGUUGGGGCCGCAGGCAAGCUCACAGGUCGUCAUGCCCCCGCUUGUCAGGGGGGCUCAGCAAAUCCACAACAUCAGACAACAUUCCAGCACGGGGCCACCUCCACUCCUCCUGGCCCCCCGGGCGUCUGUGCCCAAUGUGCAAAUCCAGGGACAGAGGAUCAUCCAGCAAGGCCUUAUCCGUGUUGCCAAUGUCCCCAACACCAGUCUGCUCGUCAAUAUCCCACAGCCAUCCCCAGCCUCACUGAAAGGAACGACAGUCACCUCUGCUCAGGGCAACUCCACCCCCACCAGCGUGACUUCCGUGGUCACAUCUGGUGAUUCUCCAGCCAGCCGGCAGGCGGCUGCCAAGCUCGCACUGCGCAAACAGCUGGAGAAGACGCUGCUUGAAAUCCCCCCACCCAAGCCCCCUGCCCCAGAGAUGAACUUCCUGCCCAGCGCUGCCAAUAAUGAAUUUAUCUACCUGGUCGGCCUGGAGGAGGUGGUACAGAACCUGCUGGAGACGCAAGCAGGCAGGAUGUCAGCUGCCGUUGUACUGUCCCGGGAGCCCUACAUGUGUGCGCAGUGCAAGACAGACUUCACAUGCCGCUGGCGAGAGGAGAAGGGCGGUGCCAUCAUGUGUGAGAACUGCAUGGCAUCCAACCAGAAGAAGGCGCUCAAGGUGGAGCACACAAGCAGGCUGAAGGCUGCCUUUGUGAAGGCACUGCAGCAGGAGCAGGAGAUCGAGCAGCGCCUUUUGCAACAGGGUGCAGCUCCUGUGCAGGUCAAAGCUGAGCCUGCCACCGCCCCACAUCCCGCUCUGAAGCAGGUCAUAAAACCCCGGCGUAAGUUGGCGUUCCGCUCAGGAGAGGCCCGCGACUGGAGUAACGGGGCUGUGCUACAGGCCUCCAGCCAGCUGUCCCGGGGCUCGGCCACGACACCCCGAGGCGUCCUGCACACGUUCAGCCAGUCGCCCAAACUGCAGAAUGCAGCCUCAGCCACAGCUCUUGUCAGCAGGACCGGCAAACAUUCCGAGAGAGCCGUUAGUUCUGGCAAGGGCAAUGCCACCUCCAACUGGAAGAAGGCACCCCUGAGUACAGGUGGGGCGCUUGCGUUUGUCAGCCCCAGCUUGACAGUGCACAAGACCUCCUCGGCUGUGGACCGCCAGCGGGAGUACCUCCUGGACAUGAUCCCGCCACGCUCCAUCCCCCAGUCGGCCACGUGGAAAUAG